UUUCGAUGGACUGUUGGCCAAACUCCGUUUUCAGAUCUGUCAGUUAUUAUUGCAGCAUGGAUAGGAUAUUUUUGUACAAUUGGAAUAUUGCGAAUCUAUAUGUACGGCAGAGAUCCAAUGAAACUCAACACUGUAACAGCAUAUCAUAAUAUGUUUUUGUGUGUUAUUUCUCUAGCAAUGUUUGUUGCUGGUGCAUUUGGCACUUACCACAGGGCCAUGAGUCGAGGCAUUGAUGAGAUUUUUUGCUCAAACGAUCCAGAUGGAAUGCGAGGUCUUCUCCCUUUUACUCUGUAUAUGUACUAUCUGAGCAAGUUUAUCGAGUUGUUUGAUACCAUCAUUCUUAUUUUAAAAAAGAAACCAGUCAUAUUUUUGCAUUGGUAUCACCACUCGAUUGUAAUGCUCAUGGUUUGGUCAUGGCUACAAUACGAUGUGGCAUUUGCCACGCAGGGCAUGAUUGCCAAUACAUUGAUCCAUGUAUUCAUGUACUACUACUACUACUCGUCCAGUCUAGGCCGAAAUGUUUGGUACAAGAAGUACAUUACGACUGGACAAAUCAUCCAGUUUACAUUAUCCUUUAUACUGAGCAUACCAUACAUUUAUUUUUCACUACAAAAAAACUGUUCAGGAUGGAAUGCAUUCAUCUUUUCCAUGACAAUCAAUGCAAGCUUCCUGGCACUAUUCAUCAACUUUUACCAUUCAGCUUACAAGCCAGCAAGACAUGUGGACAAAAAG